AUGGACUGGUUGGUUAUGCAUCAAGCGAAUUUGGAUUGUGCAGCAAAACGGGGGUUACUGAAAACUGCAAAGGGUGACGAGGUAGUUGUGUUUGGGGAGCAUCAAAAUUAUCUCUUAUAUAUGAUUUUUACACUUAGAGUUGAGAAGCUGGUUCGUAAGGGUUGUGAGGCGUAUCUAGCCUAUGCUAGUGUUUCUGGUUCUGAGGUUUCUUCUAUUAAAGAUACCAGAUCGGUUAUGGAUUUUCAUGAUGUUUUUCCCAAUAAAUUGCCUGGGUUACCUCCUAACCGUGAAGUUGAGUUUGGGAUAGAGCUCUUGCCUAGUAUAGCUCUGAUGUCUAUCGCCCCUUAUAGAAUGAUUUUGAAGGAGAAACAACUAUACGCUAAAUUCAACAAGUGCAAAUUCUGGCUACGAGAGGUAACAUUUCUGGGUCAUGUGGUAUCUGUUGAAGGGGUUAGAGUUGACCCUCGAAAAAUUGAAGAUGUUCUGGAUAGUAAGCAGCCUAAAUCGGUAUCUGAGAUUUGUAGUUUUCUAGCCAAUGCGGUGGCCAACGCACUGAGCCGAAGGGCUAUGACUAAUCUGAGAGGUAUGUUUGCUCGUCUCAGUUUGUUUGACGAUGGUAGCUUGUUGGCAGAACUCCAAGUUAAACCGAAGUGGAUAGAUCAGAUUAAGGGUAAACAGUUGGAGGAUGAGUCUCUAGGUCCUCGAUUUCAAUAUAUAAAGAGUGAGGAAACUUUAGAUUUUGGACUGAAUAACGAAGGGGUACUUUGUUUCCGCGGGAGAGUCUGCGUACCAAAAGAUACUGACCUGAGGCAGUUAUACUGCAAGAAGCACAUAGUAGUCUGUAUGAGAUGCAUCUUGGCAGGAAUAAGAUGUAUUGUGCCCUUCGUGAGUUAUAUUGGUGGCCUAGUCUUAAGCGUAAAGUUACCGACUUUGUGGGUAAAUGUCUUACUUGCCAGCAGGUUAAGGCUGAAUACCAGUUACCUUCGGGAUUGCUUCAGCCAGUUAAGAUUUCGCUUUGAAAGUGGGAGAGAGUGUCGUACUCCUAAGUGUUGGAUUGAGUUGGUCGAGCAGCAUGUUCUGGGCCCUGAAUUAAUUUCUGAUACUGAGGAUAAAGUUAGAUUGAUACGGGAUCGACUGAAAGCAGCAUCUAAUAGGAAGAAGUCAUAUGCAGAUUUGAUGCGUAAGGAGAUUGUGUAUUCUAUGGGGGACUUAGUGUUUCUCAAGCUUGAGUUACCUCCAAAGUUGGACCAGAUUCAUGAUGUGUUCCAUGUCUUUAUGUUGAGGCGAUAUUGCUCUAAUCCUGCACAUAUCGUCUCGACUGAGGAGAUUGAAGUUAGGCCAGAUCUGACGUUUGAGGAAGAUCCAGUCCAGAUUUUAGAUCAUGAUGUGAAGAUUCUUAGGAGGAAAUCGGUUCCACUGGUUAAGGUUCUAUGGCGUAACCAUAGUUCUGAGGAAGCCACAUGGGAACCUGAGGAGGCGAUGUGA